UUCUGAUUGUGGCAUGUAUACGUUUUCAAUUUUAGAUCUAGACCUUUCCCUUCCCCGUUCUAAUCCACUCUCUUCCAGUCGCCGGACAUCUCUCUCUUCUUCGCCGGACGCUGGAGGCCGCGAAUCUAUUCUUCUUCUUCGCCGGACUUCGGAGCCCGCUGCUCUCUUCUUCUUCACCGGAUGCCGGAUCCCGCUGCGCUCUUCUUCUUCGCCGGACGUCGCGGCCGCAAAUCUCUUCUUCUUCGGAAAUUGCCGCACCUUCAUCUUCUCCACCGUAAUUACUGUUCCUUCAUCUUCUCUGCAUCAUUUUGCAGGAUAUUGGUAGCCGGCAUACCGGAAGCGGUGGUUGUCGGAGGUGACAGUGUGGCGGUGGCAGCCUCAUAAGAGGAGGAGAUCUGCGGAAGAGCUAAGUGUCGAUGGAGGUGGCGAGUACGACCUCAUUGGAAAAAGAGAAAGUUGUCGUUGGUGCAGGUGGCCGGCGGCGGCAUCGCCUGAGUGCGGCGGAGACGGGACGGCUGAGGCGGGACGGCAGAGGCGGACGGUGGAGGAGAUGGCGGUAGUUAGUCGCUAGCUAUCGUGAGGAUGAGAAAGCCUAUAGAGAAAGUGGAUUAUUUAUUUUCUAUUUUUUGUUUUUAUAUGGAGUAUUAUAGAUCCUGAUUCUUUCAUUAAGGGCAAUUUGGUCAAUCCAGGUCUUUUUAACUCCUAUACACGGAAUGUUCAACUCCUACUCCUAUUUGUGGAUAUUUGCAAUGUUGUACUCCUAUGCAGGGAAUUACCCCUUGCCUUUUCUUUCUCGUUCCUUCUCCCUCCGAUCCCCUUUCUUCAUCGAUUUAGUACUACUCCCACCGACCCAGCUUUACUUUGAUUUUCUCUUACAUUUAUUUCAUUUUUUGUUCAACACUUUUAUUAUACUCUCCUCCUCAUUAGCCGCUAAUAUUGGCAGCUCCUGGAAGCCGGCGGCGGAAUCCGACAACAGACACUAACAACGAACUCCGGCAAGAAAGAAGGGGAAAAAGACAGAGAAAGAAGUUGCAGGCGUGUUCAGUUCAGUUUCUUCUUCCUGGUUCGCGGCUCCAUGUUCUCCGGCGAACACGGUGCCAAUCUCAAGACGUUGGCGCGAUUGUCGAUGAGUUCACCGCCCAUCUCAAGACCCAUGACAUCCAUUGAUCUACCUCUCUUCCUCUAGCUCUUUGGGAUCUGGAUACGCGAAUGUCGAUGAAGAAUGAAGACGCCGGGAGUGAGCACCGUGGACCUGAACACAAUUUUUGCAGGCAUCCGUUGCUAGAGUUCGCUUCCGGAUUCCGCCGCCGGCUUCUUGUAGCUGCCCGAUGCUAGCGCCUGAUGGGGAGGGGGGGAUUAAAAAACAAAAACAAAAUGUAAGACAAAAAAAGAAGAAGCAUUGCAGUCGUAGAGGAUGAAGCUAGAAAGGCAAAGGAGAAGGAACAAAGAAAAAAGGGGAAAAGAAAAAACGAGUAAAAAUUCAUCAAAAAAAAAAAAACGAGUAAAAACAGGCACGUGGAUGCCACGUGUGCGUAUUAACUUGAUCACCGGGAGUCACCGGUACUUUACCUUUUAAACGUAAAAUUGAACCAUUUUGAAUAGUUGGAGGACUUAAUUGAGUGAUUUCAUAGUGCAAGGAUUCAAUUGACUUUUUGGAUGUAGUACAGAGACUUAUUUGACAGUUUUCCCUAUAUUCAAUUACGAGUAUUGUUCUUUUAUCG